AUGGAGGUCAACUUCUCCAUCACCGUCGGUUCGCAAUCCGCUCGCCCACAGCACGACGAGCUGCCCGCUCCCGUAUCGCAACAGGGCGAGAAGGCCUCCGCAGCCAGUGUCAGGCAUGCCGAGACCGUGCCAGCACCGGAGCGGGAGCCGACCCUCAGGCUGACGGCCAACUUCAAGAACCUCCUCUUCUUUGCCCUCGGCGCCCUCUACAUGGCCUGGACCGUGGGCAGCCUCAACGGCAUCUCGUUCCCCUGGUCGCCCCAUGUCAAGCACAACGUCAUCAUGAUGGUCAGCGACGGCUUCGGCCCGGCAUCCGAGACCUACACCCGCGCCUUCUACCAGGCCCUCACCAACAACACCGCCUACGACGCCGCGUACCGCCUGCCCCUCGACACCAUCCUCGUCGGCACCCACCGCUCCCGCUCCUCCAACUCCCUCAUCACAGACUCGGCCGCUGGCGCGACUGCCUUUGCCUGCGCCAAGAAGUCCUACAAUGGAGCCAUCGGCGUAGAUGCAGACGCAAGGUCUUGCGGCACCGUAUUUGAGGCCGCCAAGCGCAAGGGCCUCCUCACGGGCGUCGUCGUCACUACCCGCCUCACCGACGCGACCCCCGCCGCCUUUAUCUCGCACGCCGCAUCGCGCGCCGAGGAGCCGCUCAUUGCCUCGCAGCUCAUCGGCGGGAAGCAGAACCCGCUCGGAGAGAGGACCCUCGACCUGGCCAUCGGCGGAGGAGGCUGCAACUUCCUGCCCAAAUCGUCGCCCCAGUCGUGCCGCCUCGACGAUGAGGACACGGUUCAAGUCGCAAAGGAGCUCGGAUGGGACGUCCGCAUCGCUUUUCCGACCGACCAGAAGCUCACCGGUGCUGGUGUCGAUAGCGCCUCCCAGCGCGAGCAGGCCGCCCGGGACACCAAGGCCCUGUUCGACGACAUCGAGACGAGCGAGGUCAAGCUGCCCCUGCUGACUCUGCUGGCGCCCGGCAACACGCCUUUUGACAUCGACCGGCGCAACAUCCCCGCAGCCCUCCGGCCGCCCUCGCUGGCCCAGAUGGCCACCAAGGCGCUCAACCUCCUCUCCCGCUCGUCUGACAACAAGAACGGCUUCAUCAUCAUGAUCGAAGGGUCGCAGAUCGAUCUGUGCGCGCACAACAACGAUCCGGCCUGCCACGCGCGCGAGGCUCUUGCCUACCAAGACACGAUCCAGGCGGUCAAGAACUUCGUCGACCAGCACAACAACCGGCACGAGCGCACCGUCCUCAUCUCGACCAGCGACCACGAGACGGGCGGCGUCACCCUCGGCCGCCAGCUGACCGAGGGCUACCCCAAUUACGCCUACUACCCGGAGCGCUUGCUCGACGUCAAGCACUCUGCGCCCAUCCUGUCGGCGGUGCUGCUCGAGUUCGUGCGCGCCCAGCAGCAGGGAAGCAAGGAGGGACACAAGUUUGACGACAAGGUGGUCCUCGACUUUAUCCGGCAGAAGAUCCUAGGCCGCGAUGGGCUCGGGUUCGUCUCGGACAAGCAGGGCGGCCCGGCCACCGAAGACGAGGCGCGCAAGGUUCUCGCUGCCGUCAAGGAGGAGCUCGAUGCAGAGCAGCGCCUCUCGGCAGCAGCUGGCGCCGACGGUGCCGCAUUCCAGCAGGUCCACCCUGCCGAUUACCGCGCCCAGGCGCCCGUGCCGCCGACGGGCAUCAACAAGGUGCGCAAGGCGAUUGCCGACGUCAGCGCGCGUCGCGCCGAGAUUGGCUUCUCGACCGAGGGACACACGGGCGUCGACAUCAACGUCUACGCCCACGGCUACGACGCCCACAAGCUGGCGGGCAACCAGGAGAACACCAACAUUGGCGACUUCAUCGCCGGCUACCUCGGCCUCGACCUGGACGCCAUCACCCGCGAGCUCAACGGCAACAAGACCACCAAGGCCUAG